UGGAUCUAGAAUCGUCAACCUCAAUCCCGAAACUAGUGAGGCUGAACGCCGGACCUUUUCGCGGCUUUUAGAUGAACGAUGCAUGAGUACUUGCUUCUUCAACUCCUCGAAGUACACCAUGAUCAAAAUAGUAUACAAUUUCCGUGACUCAGUAUCACGAGUUGACCAACCUGGUGCUUGCUCGACAUGACCCAGGGAUAUAAAGCCUGCAAUUUACAAUCAUGAAAAUCAUCCCGCAUCCUAAAUUCCCAAUGGCUAGCUUCUCCUUCGAAAUUUACUUCACUGGAAGAGAUGAUCCUCGCGAUGGCUGUAUUGUCAUCGGCGAAGACACCAAGCCAGUAUUUUUUGAGUUCGAGACACAGUACUUGUCACCUUCCACAGCGCGUACCACCAUUUCUAGCAACCGCAACCCCGUCGCAGCGUUUGACUGGUUAAACGAUGGCCUCGGUGUUGCAACUAUUGGUGACCGUGAAAUUCCAAUGGCACACCUCGUACAACCGGGAUCCAGUGCAGCUGCUCGCAGGUUCCCUUCUGCGGACGGUCGCCAUUAUGAAUGGCGAAAGUGUCACGACGACCCCAGGUCGUACGAGCUCUUCGCCGCACCCAACACGAGAAUUGCCAUGUUCCAGAAGCUCACCCAAGCCACGCCAAUUGGUCCUUCCCAUGCAACACUGCAAUAUAGCUUCAGCCAUGACCUUUUAUUGCUCGAAGCCUUGCUCGCUCUGAAUCUCAAUAGGUGGUUGGAUUGGACCGCAUAGUCGGAAGAACGAGGAACCUGUGUACAUUUAUUACUGCCUCUGUAUGAGUAUUGGUAUCUCAAACGCCCAAUGUUACAAUGAAUCCAUAAGAUAAAGCUGACGAGAAGAUCAAUAUAGCAUAAACGAUUAUUAACUCCAGCAGUCAAGGAUUUCUCAUCGAUCCCAGCAUGUGUUCCAGUUUUUCUUCAACAGUCCAAUGCAUAUCGGUGUCAGAAUGGAAUGAUGAUGGGGUCGAGCGGUCAGGGGGUAGGUUACCAAAAUUGAAUGAACCGGCGUCCAUCCCCUGGGAAAGUGACUCGAUCAAACGACCAAUAUGAGUGGAGGAGCUUGAGAUUAGAAUUAGUACCGAACUUUUGUCUACUUUUGUACCGAGCGUAGAACUGACCUAUAGAAAACCUGCUCCGGCAUUAGCGAUAAAUAUCAUUGGAUGAUGUAAGACCAUUCACCUUGGUUUCAGGUCGAUUCUU